CACGAGAUAAAACCAAAAAGACUUGUCUUCUUCAUUUGGCACUUCUGUGUGCAGAUAAUUAAGUAACUACACUGAAUCUCAGUUUGGUAACUCACAUACCAUGGAGAUAUCACAAAGUUGGAGCAAAAUUAGUCCUCAGCUCCAUAGCUCACACUCCUUGGAGAUUUCAUUAGGAGAAAGAGGGCAUCUACUAGCAGUGGAAAUGAAUGAUAUUAAAGGUGCAACAGAAACUAAGAUUGAGGUUAGGGAACUGAACAAGGUAUCAGAUAAGGGUGAUUCUAUACUGAAGAGUGUUAGAGUUGACAUAACAAGAGGAGUAAUCAUGGGGAUUAUUGGCCCCAGUGGUAGCGGAAAAUCAACAAUUUUACGAGCGCUAAAUCGAUUAUGGGCCCCUAAGGGCACUGUUUUUCUUGAUGGUACUGAUAUUUGUGAUCUGGAUGUGCUCUGUCUUCGUCGUAAGGUUGGCAUGUUGUUCCAGCUUCCAGUUCUCUUUGAAGGUACAGUGGCAGAUAAUAUACGUUACGGGCCAAAACUCAAGGGAAAGAAACUAAGUGAUAAUGAGGUUUACAAGUUGCUGACUUUGGCUGAUCUAGACUCAUCUUUCUUCAACAAGUCAGGUGGGGAACUAUCUGUUGGCCAAGCACAGAGAGUUGCACUUGCCAGAACCUUAGCUAAUGAACCAGAGGUUCUGCUAUUGGAUGAGCCAACUAGUGCAUUAGAUCCAAUAUCAACACAGAAUAUCGAGGACGUUCUAGUAAAGCUCAAGAAGGAUCAGAAGAUGACAAUUGUGAUAGUUUCUCAUAGCAUCAAGCAAAUACAGAGAAUAGCUGAUAUAGUGUGCCUGCUGGUUGAUGGGGAGAUUGUGGAAAUUAUAAAGCCUGAUCAACUCUCUGAAGCUAAGCAUCCCAUGGCACUAAGAUUUCUUCAACUCAGCUCCUAGUGUAUUUUAGGCGAAAAGUAGAACCAGGGACAAGGAAAGUACAUCAAGGCACGAACUAGCGGAGAAGCAUGAUAAUGGUUAGCAAGAGAGAUUCAAGUCACCAAAAUAUGGAAGAAUCUCAACCCAUUCGAGUGAGCCAAUCUUAACUGAGGUUAAUUUAGCUACUGAAACUACGUGUAGAAAAAUACACUUUAAUAAAAAAGGUAUUUUACCUCCCACGA